CUACUGCUUGGUAAGACUCACUCAGUAAAAUUCACCUUCACUAGAAGUGUUCUCAGUGCUGGUUUAUCAGAGCAAAGGUAACAGUAAAUCAAUCUGUCUGUGUGGUUUACAUCAGCAUGAGUCAGUCUGAGGAAAAUCAAGGUUGCAGUCCAGGAGAUGUGAUUGCAGCCGGUCAGGUGGAGGAGAAGCAGCUUGAGGAAGAAACACCAGUUGUGGCCACAGCACCCAAUGCCCCACUCUCUCUGGAGCAGCCAACCACCGAUAUAGACGUCUGUGCUAUUCUGGCAUUCCAGUCCCUGGAUGAGUUGCUGUCACAUGGAAAAAUCUGCAGCAGCAAAGCAGCCAGACUCAAAGCGAGCUACAGGUUAUUGCUUGACACUCUGAAGAGUACCCAGGAUUCUGAGCUCCAGCUCUUGGGAGAGGCCAAACGGUGUCAUGCUGAACUGAAGAGGCUGCAGGCUGAGGUGGAGAGGAUGGAGGAGCAGAGCAUCUCUGAGGAACCCCAAAGUGAGGUCGGCAAACUGAGGCAACAGCUCCUCCAGGCUUACAUUGAGCUGAAAGCAGCCGAGGAUGCAGAGUACAAGACACAGUGCGAACUGGAGUGUCUUUGGGAAGAGAAGCGAUGUCUGGAGAGAGAGAAUGAGACGCAGCCUGAAACUGCUGAGGUGGAAAACAGAACAAAAGACCUCCAGGAGAUUUAUGAGGAGUUGAAGAAGGAGGUGGCCCAAAGACAACUGGAAAUGAGAGGUCUGAUAGAAGAUUUGGAAGCCCAUGAUGUGCAGAUAUUGACAGAACAGAAAGAUCUGGAAGACAAGAAGGAGAUCAUACAGUUCAAACUGGCUGAGAAGGCCCGGCUCAUCGCUAUACCUGCUCAGAUUUCAAAUGGGAUUCAAAGACUCCGCUCUAAGAUCGAAGCUACAAUGAAGAUGACUGAAGCACUAAAUAAAGAGAUUUCAGAAAUGGGGCAAAGCAUGAAGGAGCUGGAUGAGUCAAACCAGUCCCUCAGGAUGAGGAAGAAGGAGGCGAUGAAGGAGUUGGAGCACCUCAAGACCCAAGCAGAGGCCAGCCAAAAGGAGUUCAGACAGCUGCUGAAACAGCGGGAUGUCCACAGAGAAGAGGAGGCUGUGAUCAUGGGGAACAGAGGGAUCCUGGAAAUGAAGCUGCAGAACAUCAUGUGUGAAAGAAAGCACCUGUACGAGAGCCAGUCCAUGCAGCGCCGAGAGAAAAACAGGCAGGUGCAAACACUCCAGAGGAUGGAACAUGCCCUGAACAUGGCCUCUGAGCAGCUACAACACAAGCAGUCUAUCUACAGUGUGUUACAGGCGCAGAUAGAUGCUGUUCCGAAAGUGAAGGCUGGCAUGCAGCGGAGGAUGGAGUUGCAGGACGAGGUGGACGCCCUCAGAGUCUGCUUUGAAAAACAGCAGUCAUCAGCUGAGGAGAACGACCAGAAGAAGCAGCAGGAUCGGACAAUUCAGGAGCUGCUGAGGGAGUCAAACCACCUCAGAGAAGAACUCCACGACCUCAGAUGCCUGACACAAAUCAAAGUCGAGGAGCGUGGCCAGAAGCACCGUGGACGUCUCAGAGCUGAGCAAAUGCACCAACACAUCCAACAGGAGCUGCGACACAAAGUCCUGAUCAUCACUGAGCACAAGAAGCUCAACGCCACGCUGCAGCGCAGAAUAUUACAGUGUUGCAAACUGUGUGACAUGAUAAUGGAAGAGAGGAACAAGUAUGUCAAGCUGAAGCAGAUUGCCUUGCAGACAAUUACCGAGUUGACAGAGCAGGUUAAGGUCCUGGAAAAUGAGACAGAGAUCCAACACAAUGUUGUCUUCGACAAGGACAGAUCACUUACAAAGGCCCGUAUGAAAAUCAGCCAUAGCUGCAAAAAACGUGACAGACUACACAACAACAUCUCCAAGGUAAGUUGGAAACACCAUCAAGUCAGUGAGGAGUUUGAGGACAACAAACUGGAGUUGGAAAAACUGUCGCAAAGGAUUGAACUCCAGGAGCAGACGCUGCUCGAAACAACAGAGAAUCACGAAGCAGCCGCUCAGCGUCGCAGUCUUCUUGGCGUCCAACUUCUGGAACACGAAGAGGUGUUGUGCAGCUAUUACGAGAAGGUGAACCUUCAGGAGGCGGCUAUUUCUAAGAUCACCGCUGCGCUGGAGACACUGGAGAAGGAGAUAAGAGAUUUGAAGCUGAGCAUUAAAGGGGAAAAAAGGCAGAUAGAGCUGAAGAAGAGGGAGGUGCCGCUGAAGAAAAAGAUGGAAGGAGAGAUAACCACAUUGCAGAUAGAGUUGUCAGAAGCGAGGGACCAGACUGUACAAAGCCUGACUCAGAUUCUUGCUUACAAAGAGUUAAAAGGCGCAGACCCCUCAAAUGCAGAACUGGUCAAGAAGUCUGUGCAGCUGGAGGUGAAGUUAGCUGAGCGCGAGAAGCAGGUAUUGGAAAAAGAACUCCUCCUGGAUCAGGUGAUCCGGCUCUCCAAACCAAUGAGAGAGAAGGCAGAGAACUGCAAACAGGACAGACUGUCACUGGCGAUCAAGUUGAAUGAGCUGCGGGCUCAUAUAAUCAGCACCAGCCACCGUAUGAUGGCGACGUCCGCGGAGCUGUCAAUGAAACACGCUGUGGCUUUGUCCUUGCAACAACAGAUCAAAGAGAAAGAGUUUCAGAUGGAGAGGUGCCAGCGGCGGCUGGAGCAGGGCCUGCCGCCGUGCCCCGAGAUGGAGGAGGAGUGGAGGAGGAUGCUGCGGGACAAGCAGAGGAGACGCAGGGACAAAGAGGAGAGGGAGAGGAUGGCAGAAGAAGACAAAUGGAGGCAGUUGCCCAAUGGAGUUUACACAACGGCUGAAGCUCGUCCCAAUGCCUAUGUACCCGAUGAUGACCUGCUGCCGCUGCCCAAACCCUACGGAGCCCUGGCCCCUUGUAAACCCCCUCAACCAGGGGCCAACAUGAGACACUACCACAAACCAACGCCCAAACCCGUCGAGAUCUAGAUCUUGCAGAAAUACUCAGAGUUCUGACGUAAUCUCUGGAGAUUGAAGCUGAACUGACAGGGUGGUCCCACAUACGGAAGAUCGUCUUCUCCAUCGGCUGCAGACACACAGACAAUAUCUGAGGCACGU